AGUGGUGGGCGCGUACUGCUCGACACCCUGGGGACGAGGUUGGUACGAACUCCGUUCAGAAACAUUCGGCAUGCAAAUCCCUUAGAUUGAGUAAUGCGCGUUUCAGAAUCGAGGUCGGGAACGUAUGUGUAUGCGGUCAUCAUUUAGUCGAGUAGGCCCUCACAAUCAAUGGUACGUACACACCAUACUAAGCAGCGACUGAGGCAAAAGUUGAACACUCGACUAUGGCACGAUACCCGACUGUGGUCAAGGCAUUGAUUUGCUUUUGCACUAUUUCAUUAUUACUUUACCUCACCUUGCUCCCUGGUUUCUCCAAGUACGAUGAGCCUCAGCAGAACAUACCGUCACCGAAGCGACAAGCGGAUCAUACCGCCGAUGCACGACCCGAGACCGAUCUCAGUGCAACACACGGCUAUUCCCUGACACUAACAAUCCGCAUGGCAGCCAUACCCAAACUGGUUCAGCGUCUGUACUGCAUAUUCAUCCGUUCGGCUACGUUGUUUUGGUCUCCCAAGCUAGGCCCAACUAUAAGCCUGAUUCUUGACAAGGAAUCGGCAAGAGAUCAUCGGUUUGCACGUAAACUGAGACAAAAGGAGAAAGAGCUGGGCCUGAAGUUUGACUUCCUGUACGAGCCUCUCCCUGAUACUGCCUCCGGAUGGAAACCUCAAGGCUACCAACGUCAACUGUGGAGUAGUUUCUUCAUGGAUCUAUCCGUUAAUGCUUCCAUCAUUGGCUGGACUGAUUCGGACGCGGUGUUCACGACGCCAGUGACUCCGGAAAACAUCUUCAACGGCCAUCGAUUGCGGGUGUUAACUUUCACUGACAUGAAGCGCAUGCACAAACUACGCUGGUACGACUCCACGCUGAAGGCCAUCGGGAAGGCAAUGGUUUCUGACUUCAUGACGUACUUUCCUACCUUCGUCUGGAGAGACACCUUCACCAACUGCAGGAAUCACAUAAUGAAGCACAUGAACGUCUCUCACUUUGAGGAUGCCUUUCUCCAGCUGGCCCACUUGAGCCCCGUCAACAUCAUCAUGAACUACGCCUACUACUUCGAGCACGACCGUUACGACUGGCACUUGGAUUUCAAGAAGACUUUGAAGAACUAUAAUGCGAAGCUACCUCCAGGUGUAAACAUAAAACCGAGUGAGAAUAAACCAGAUUUACAUGUCACCAUCCACGAGAGCUACUACACUAAGAUGCCCUACCCAUUACUGCAGGGAUAUUGCGUAGCCAAGCGCUAUGUUGGUACCCUUCCCACAAGCUGCCAGAAAUUUGAAAAUGUCACCAACUUUCAGCUGUUCGAGUUUAUCUCUUGCAAGAAAGCUGUGAAGGCCCAUCUGAGUCCCGGGACCUGGUGUUCGGGCAACGGGCGCCGGGAGUGUAUUCGACGCAUCGAAGCGCACUACAAGAACGUCAAGAAAUAUUACAAUCUUGGAUGGUAUGACCUGGAUCUGAGGCGAAUGACUGCCGUUGAAAAGGUAGCCAGGCGGGAAAAUAUCACAUGUCCAAAUAUAUUCCAAUUAGAUUAAAUGCAGUUUCAUAGUUUUAACUUCCCGAUCCAAAAUAAUCGGUACAAGUUAAUAAGCACCGCCACUGCCGCUGGAACAAACUUUUGCCAUGGGGUGCUGGAAUAAAGGGCGGAUAAAAUUAAUGCGAAAGCGGAGCGCAAAGCCCUUACAUCGUGGCUUAAUUUGAAAUAUAGAUGCUGUGUGGUGCAAUCUGGGGGCGAUUCCUGGCCACUUUCAUUAGACUUUUUUUAGCAAAAGUUUUUUGAGAUUAUGAAGACAAUUUAUUUCAUUAUUUUGUUUAGAAUGUACAAGUUGCUCUAAUAACGUUUAACUGUACUGAAAGUGGAGAAAGUGGUUCCAUUUCAUUCUGGAAAAAGAAUUGUAUCAUUAUGCAAGACAUCGCAUGUAAAUAUUAUUGUUGCAA